UUAAAAUGUGUAUUCACUGCAUCAAGGGAUUAAUAGUCGAUAUGGACGUCGCCUAGUGUUAGGAAUGAUCGAUUUGCUUAAAUGGCCAUGGAAGAUACAACCAAAUACGGGACGUCGACCGUCCUUUUAACAAGCGUCAGUGAUGCUGAAGAAAAACCCAAAGAGUUGGAAGGAUUUCCUUGUAUUUCGCCCAUGGAUGACGAUUAUCUUCUCCAUAAAGAAAAGCAGAUUCCAACACAGUUGAUGGAUAGGUGGAGGAAGGCAGCCCUUGUGAUAUCAUACGCUUCUGUGUUUACAACUUUUGUGAUUGGAGUUUGUGCAUUUGUCAUCUCCACCUUGGCGAGAAGUUCAGCUGCUUUUGGUUUUGCUUUUGAUUCACUACUAGAUGUUUGUUCAUCAUUGGUUGUAAUUUGGAGAUUCUGUGGUUUAGCCGGACAAACUUACUCUUGGGAAAGAGAAAGAAGGGCAUGUAUAGCAAUUGCUGCAUUAUUUGUGUUAUCUGGUACUGGAAUAUUUAUUAGAGCAGUCAGGUCAUUGAUUGUGGAAAAGCAUCCUAUAAGGUUCACAGGUGUUGAGGCAAUUUCUGGUGUCAGUUUAGUGGCGUUUACAAUUUUAGCCUGGAUAAAAUUUGUUACAGCUGAAAAACUACAUAGUGAAUCUCUACGAACUGAUGCCAUUAAUUCUACAGCGGGUGCAAUCAUGGCACUGGGUAUCAUUAUAAGUACAAUGGUCCAUCAAUACAGCAGCAGUAUAUGGUAUCUGGAUGCAUCUAUUGCUCUCUGCAUUGCUUUAGGCCUGUUUGGUUAUGGUAUAAGGUUAUUAGCAAAUCUUCUUUCUUCAAAAGGAAAAGCAGCUCCCCCCACAUGGGAAGGAUUCGACUAGUACACUGUAAGCACCCUUAAAUAGUGGGGGAACCUUGACCAGCCAGGCAGGUGAAUUUUCUUGGAAAUUAGUUUUUACACAGUCAAGCUUCUGUUCUGUAAGGGAUUAAUUCCCUGUCCUGUUGCCACUUUUCUUCAAUUAAAGACCAGGACAAUGGAGAGGAAUGAGGAGAGAAAAUUUAGGAAGGACAAUGCUCCUGAGAACUGUAUGUUUCACAUGAAUACCUUUGGCCCACAGAUGUCACUUUGUUUCCUUAUUUGUGUGUAAAAAGAAAGAGGAGUGUUAGAGGGUCAAGUUGAAAAAUCUCUAGCUGUGGGGCUGUGCUCUGAAGGUGCUGGGUUAGUAAGAGCAACCUGUGGAUAACUUUUAUCAGUUUUCUUAUUAGAAAGCUUUUAAAAGUUGGGCACAUGAAUUUUGUGAGAGAAAAGUUUUCACUCACCCACUGAUUCUUCAUCGACUUUGGAUCACAGCUUUGAGCUGAUUAUUUUCAUCCCAUCUCAGUGAUCGGCCUAAAACUACUCUUUGACCCUUCAACCCUUUAGAGUGAUAAGCAUCCAAUUUCUCCCAAGACUAGCACCCCUAAAUCAAACAUUGAGGUGAUAGGAAUUGUAAACUGAUGUUAUGGCGUUAAGGUUAAUUUAAAGUCAGUGAGUAGAACUUUCUAUUUGCAUCGGCAAGGUAAUUUAUAACCAAGUAUUUUGAUUUGUACAUAGUGUAUCUAUUUAUCAAGUUCAAUAUUUUUUGAAUAAGAACUCAUUUAGGCGAUAUUAUUUAUGAGUGAUUUCUUUGCACUAUGUGAGGUGAUAUAUUCACAAUUUGUGCCUUCUUAAGGCAACAAAAAUUGCAAGAAAUUAGAACUCAAUGCUCAUGUGUAAGGAUGUUUUAAGUUAUUUUUACACUUAAGAAAAUUCAGGAAAUGUGACGUAGCCUUAUUUAUUAAAUAUUUAUUGUGUCUCCCACGUCAGUGACGAAAGCAAAUUAGAUGACCAUUAAGUGUCAGCUGUUUAGCUAUUUUUGGAGGCUUUUGUUGCCUGUUUUUUAUUUUUAUUAAUAUAUUUUUUUUAUUUUCGGUUAACUAGACUUAUUAUG